AUGGUUGAAAGGGGUAUUUCUUUUUACUUUUGUUACAUGAACGAGUUUCCUUCAGGUUAUUUUUAUAUCAAGUCUCGUAACUCUGGCAAAGUGGUGGAUGUGGACGGUGCUUCAAGAAAGAAUGAUGCAAAAAUAUUAAUAUGGCCUCCUAAACACAACGACGAUAGAGACAACCAACUCUGGUAUUAUCAGGAUGGGUUUAUUGUCAAUAAAUGCUCAGGCAAAGUACUGGAUGUUCGAGGAGGUCCCUUAGUAGAAGAUGCAUGGAUAUGUCAAUAUGAUCGCAAACUAGUCUCAGAAGCACAGAACCAACGUUGGGGAUAUCAUGAAGGCUAUAUCUAUCCCUUAGCAGAACCACAUUUAGUAUUAGAUGUACGAGGGAAUCAAGCAGCAGAUGGCACACGCAUUAUUUUAUACCACAAAAAACUAGGUUUUGAUAAUAUGAACCAACUAUGGGAUCUUGUGCCUGCUGGUGAAGUGAGAGCAGAACGAGAAGUUUUAUUUGAAGCAGAUUUUGAUUAA